CGAUCGCCGUCGAUCAUUCGUUUGGCGCUCUGCUCGCUCGCUCACUCGCGCGCUCGAAGCGGGCUCGAGUUGUUAUAAAAGUGGCAAGGACAUACGGUCGAGCCAUUAGUCGAAAACUAUAAACGCUCGACGCGAAAUCGUCUCCGGGUCUCCGAGUCUCCGACACCGUAACUCCGUAGCAGCCGUAACCAAAUAAAAGAAAUACCCAAUACCGUGUACCGAUUUACCGACCCAAAGACAACACAAUAAAAUAUAAAGACAAAUUUUUUUUUUGUUCGGUCCUACAACCUACAAUCACCCCCGAAAAAUAUUUCUACAUAUUUUUUUCAAGUGCCAGUCGAAAGCGAAUAAAAGCAAAAGUGACCAAUGGCCGCCGAGCAGUGCUGUAAAUAAGAGACAUCGCCAACUGCAGCCAGGGAAAAAAGCAAUCCCAAUCCGCUAGAGAACCCAGUUGAGAUUGAAGUAAAGCAAGGAGCAAAGGAGGAAAGGAGCAACCAUGCUGGCCGACUCGUACCUGAUCAAGUUUCUGCUGCGCCAACUGCAGUUGCAGCAGGACGGCGAUGCCCAGCAUCUGCUGUUGGUCUUCCUGGGCCUCCUGGCCCUCGUCAGCCUGCUCCAGUGGCUGCUGCGAAACUACCGUGAGCUCCGCAAGCUGCCGCCCGGUCCCUGGGGCCUGCCCGUCAUCGGCUAUCUGCUCUUCAUGGGCAACGAGAAGCACACCCGCUUCAUGGAGCUGGCCAAGCGGUACGGGUCCCUCUUCUCCACGCGCCUGGGCAGCCAGCUGACCGUGGUGAUGAGCGACUACAAGAUGAUCCGCGAGUGCUUCCGGCGCGAGGAGUUCACCGGACGCCCGGACACUCCCUUCAUGCAGACCCUCAACGGCUACGGCAUUAUCAACAGCACCGGGAAGCUGUGGAAGGAUCAGCGUCGCUUUCUGCACGACAAGCUCCGCCAGUUCGGAAUGACCUACAUGGGCAGCGGCAAGCAGCAGAUGCAGAAGCGCAUCAUGACGGAAGUGCACGAGUUCAUUGGUCAUUUGCAUGCCAGCGAUGGCAAACCCGUGGACAUGUCGCCCGUCAUCUCGGUGGCCGUCAGCAAUGUGAUCUGCAGCCUGAUGAUGUCCACGCGGUUCAGCAUCGAUGACCCCAAAUUCCGGCGCUUCAACUUCCUCAUCGAGGAGGGCAUGCGGCUGUUCGGCGAGAUCCACACCGUCGACUACAUACCCACCAUGCAGUGCUUCCCCAGCAUCUCGACGGCCAAGAACAAGAUUGCCCAGAAUCGCGCCGAAAUGCAGAGAUUCUACCAGGACGUCAUCGAUGACCACAAGCGCAGCUUCGAUCCCAGCAACAUUCGGGAUUUGGUGGACUUUUACCUGUGCGAGAUCGAGAAGGCCAAGGCCGAGGGCACGGAUGCCGAGCUCUUCGAUGGCAAGAAUCAUGAGGAGCAACUGGUCCAGGUGAUCAUCGAUCUGUUCUCCGCCGGCAUGGAAACCAUCAAGACCACGCUGCUGUGGAUCAAUGUGUUCAUGCUGCGCAACCCCAAGGAGAUGCGCCGCGUCCAGGAUGAGCUCGACCAGGUGGUGGGACGCCAUCGCCUGCCCACCAUUGAGGAUCUGCAGUACCUGCCCGUCACCGAGUCGACCAUACUGGAGUCCAUGCGCCGCUCCAGCAUCGUUCCCUUGGCCACCACUCACUCGCCCACAAGGGAUGUGGAAGUCAAUGGGUACACCAUACCGGCCGGCUCGCAUGUCAUCCCGCUGAUCAACAGCGUUCACAUGGACCCCAAUCUGUGGGAGAAGCCCGAGGAGUUCCGCCCCUCGCGAUUCAUCGACACGGAGGGCAAGGUGCGCAAGCCGGAGUACUUCAUCCCCUUUGGCGUGGGACGAAGGAUGUGCCUGGGCGAUGUGCUGGCGCGGAUGGAGCUCUUCCUCUUCUUCGCCUCCUUCAUGCACUGCUUCGACAUCGCCCUGCCCGAGGGUCAGCCACUGCCCAGCCUGAAGGGCAACGUGGGCGCCACCAUCACGCCGGAGGCCUUCAAGGUCUGCCUCAAGCGGCGCCCACUGGCGCCCACCGCCGCCGAUCCGCAUCACAUGCGCAAUGUGGGCGCCAAUUGAUGUGCUCGAAGAGCCGCUCCAGAGCACGGUUUUGUUCCUACACACACAAGAACCCACAAAAACACACACAAAAAUUAACAAAAAUGCUAAGGGAAAAAGUAAAAAAACUAGUAGUUAUCCGCCCGUGGGAGGAGCAGUUCCCCAAUCCCCAAGGAUGUUAAGGAGCUAGGAGCAAAGAGAGCAGCCGGAAGCUGUGACUAAAACAAAACACACACAGAGGACUGCAACCAAUUCUAUUCUUUCACCCCCAAGAAGCUGUGUUCAACUAAUUGUAAUCUGUAAUUAAAUCCCUAGUUCUAGUUUUAGCCUAGUUACGUUCGAUUCUACGGCUAAUGUUAAUGUUUUUUAUUAUUAUUAAUUAUUAUAUUAAUUACUAGUUAUUAAUAUUAUUAUCGCUAAUAUUACGAUAUUGCUAUGUGUAAAGCCAGCAGGCCGAUUAAGUCUAGUUAGCUAACGUUCUUGUUUAUUCCUAGUAUUAGUGCUAGCUUAAUGUCCAAACAACAAACAACAAAACAAACUGUGGUUUAGUCUUACAAGCACACAUCAAAAUAGGCAAACGAUUCGAAAAUAAAGAAAAACCUGUGAAAAAAA